UGCCAGCUACAAUGCGUUACAACCGUCUGGAUUUUACUGAGCAUGUGACACAAGUGAAAGAUUCUAUAUAUUGACCCGGGCUAAUGCAGGUGAACAAUAGAGCAACAAUACCACCUUCAGCAAAGAUCCAGCCUUUCAUAACAUCAUUUUUUAGUUUCGUAUUCGGUAGAUGCAGUCAAACGUUCAUUCAAUAGUAAAACGUAAGGUUUUACGUAAGGAAAACGUAUAGUUCAGUGGAAGUUGUGAAGGAUGACGAGCACACCAGUGGUGUCGGAAACUUCGCCGCUUCUCCCUUCCCAUGAGAACAAGAGAGGGUCUUACUCGCCAGGCUCGUCGGGGCAAAUCUCCAACUCCUACCGUUGUUACACCCCAGCAGAUUUACAAACUCCGUUUACUCUGUGCCUGGAGGGCGUUAGCUACAGCGUGAAGGAGGAUCGUGGACCAUGGUGGAAGAACACGCUGUUGGGAGUUCGCCGAACCAAAGAAAUUCUAAAGGACGUUCGUUUAAUUGCCAGGAGUGGACAACUGACGGCAAUUCUUGGAAACUCUGGUUCUGGGAAAACUUCUUUGUUAGACGUAAUCUGCAAUCGCAUGGGGAGCAAUGGCAAGCUACAAGGACUGGUGUGGGGGACGCCUGGUUUAAUAGAAUCUGCAGGAUAUGUCAUACAGGCCGACAGACUCAUGGACAACCUCACAGUCAAAGAAACACUGACUUAUACAGCAAAACUGAAAUUUGUCGGGAAAUCUUCAAAAAAUUUGAAGGAAAGAGUGGAAGCCGUUAUAUCUGAGAUGGGUCUUAGACCAGUGCGGAACACAAGGAUUGGUGGCAUGGUGGAGAGAGGGAUAUCUGGAGGGGAGAAAAGAAGAGUGACAAUUGCAAUACAACUACUGCAAAACCCACAGAUGCUGCUUUUAGACGAACCCACAACUGGCCUGGAUAGUUUCACUGCACAUUAUUUGGUACAAACGUUGGCUGAGCUGGCACAGAGAAACAAAAUCGUUCUCUGUACAAUCCACCAACCUCGCUCAGAACUGUAUAAAACUUUUGACCAAGUUGGGAUUAUGUCUCGAGGUGAAAUGAUAUAUUUUGGGAAGGCGACAGAAAUGGUGCCCUAUUUUAGCAGACUUGGAUACCCAUGUCCAACAUUCGCCAAUCCGCUGGACCACUACGUUGAUUUAUCAAGUAUCGACACGAGAAGUGCCGAUAAAGAAAAAGAAUCCGACGAACGGGUUAAUUAUCUGCGAGCCAACUUAUUGCAGUCUCCGCACUAUAUAUCGAUGCUUGGUGAAAUCACAGAAGCUAUGGAAGCCGACAAUCAUGGAGGGGAAAGGGUUUGCGUCUCAUGGAUGUGGAAUUCAAAUAAUAUGCUAAGAUUUUUUGUUUCCCUUUUCAUACUUGUAAGGAGGUCAUUAGUAAACUUGUACAGAAACCGAAGUGCAUUUUUCUUACGCAUCUUCACGCAGUCCGUAUUCGCUGGCAUGAUUUGCCUGUUCCUUGGAAAACUCCGGCACAAUCAACAAAGUAUUCAGGACCGAAUAGGUUUAUUAUACCAAACUGUAGCCGUGCCACCAUUUUCUGCGAUGCUUCACACCAUUGAAGAAUUUCCAAGCUUACGGGACCUAUAUUACCGAGAAUCCAGAGAUGGUCUUUAUGUCUUACCAGCGUUCCUGUUAUCUUUUUGCCUUUACACCUUGCCUUUUAGCAUUUUAAGCUCAAUUUUGUACAGCACCCUUACGUAUUGGGUAUGUGGCUUACAGCCGGAUCCAAAACUCUACGCUAUGCAUGCAGCCACAGUGUUCUUCCUCCACUACAGUGGCGAGAUCAUGACGGUCAUCCUACUGGGCAUGAUGCAAAAUCCAAGAGUUGCAAGCAGCAUUGUAGCACUUAUUUUAACAAUAUCUGGUCUCAUAGCUCCAGGUUUUCUCAGGACUGUCAGCAGCAUGCCCGAGAUUAUCCAGUGGCUUUCCUGGGCAUCGCCAUACAAAUAUGCUGGUGAAAUCUUUGUAGCUAAUGAAUUUAAUAAUCUCACACUGCAUUGUGGUUCAGAUCCUGUGCUAUGUUUGAGGAAUGGCAGCCUGUAUAUAACUUUAUUCUAUCCUGGCGCACUGGACCACAUGACAAGGAACUUUGCAGCACUUGGUGGAUUUAUUUUUGGUUUCAUUGUCAUUGCCAUGGUCAUAUUUAAGAUUUUUGGCAUCAAGCAAUUACAUUAAAUGCAAACUGUCAUCAAAUGU